AUGGUUGGCAUAUUGCAGCAGGUAAAUGAUAAGUUAACACAUAGUGAUGGAGAAGGCAUAUUGUGUAAGUAUGGCGGCCUAAUGAAGAACUUUAUAGAGAAUGCGUAUGGAAUUAACACGAAUCUUAGCGGCAGAGAUAUUAUGAUAGGCCAGAAUGAAAUUGUUAUGAAAGCAUACAUUGAGGCAAUAUUGAGGAAGGUAAAUGAGGCGAUUGAUAAAUGCGAAGGAGAUUCUAACAAAAGAAGUUUAAGUAGCGAUGUAGAUAAGAAGGAUGCCAGUAUGAACGACAUAAAAGCAUAUGUAUCAAAGAUGUGCUUGGGACUUGAUGAAUGCUCUGUUGGAAUGAUGUCGCAUGUUGAGAUGGCGUAUUCUGGGAUUUACUCUGCUACAAACAGGGAAGUGAUGAUAUUCAGAGGCGCAUACAUGAUGGAGUAG